GCACCGUUCAGUCAUCACAGUUAUCAGAGCAGGCUGCGCGCAACAAUCGAACAUCAGCCGCGUAUUUGAUCGCAGUGAGCGUGUUAUUUUUUUCAAAAUGAAAACCAUCACAUUUUGUUUUUUCGUUGUGUUGGUGAUGAGUGUGCAAAAUGUUUUCGCGGGACCGCGAUACAGGCUCAAGCGCGUGUCCGAUGCCCAUUUGGCCGAUCUUCAGUCCCGAAUAGCGCUGAAUAAUAAGUUGAAGGGGGUUUCGGUGACCAUGCCUGUGGGGGGCGGCCGGAUUGAUCCAGGAAGAAUAGGCCGCAGGCGGCGCUCGCAAACGAGAUUCCUGGACGUUCUCUUCAACCAAUCGGAGGAAGAUAAGGGUGACCCGGUUGAGUUGACCGACUACGAAAAUUUAAUCCAGAGAUUACUGAACUUGGAAUAAUUCGUUUUGUGAUUUUGUGUGACAUGAAUGGUUGAAUCGGAAUGAAAUUACAUAAAAAGCAGUAUUAUGUUAUACUUAUCUUAUUCUAGUCCUAGAUAGGUAAUUUAUUUUUUUACUCUUAUUUAUUAACUUAAUUUAAAUGAAGUGUCUGUAAAUAUGUUUUGCUAUUUUGUAUUGUUUUUGCAUAAGUAAAAGACUUAUCAUCGAA